CAGUGCUGGGCAGGCGCGUCCGGGGUGUGCUUGUGACGCUGGGUGACGGCGGCGGCGGCUGGCGGGCAUGCUGCGGAGCGACUGCGGACGCUAGCCAGGCGCCGCUCUUCCGAUGCCGCCGACAAUGUCGGAGCAGGAGCGCCCGCGGGUGAAGGUCUGGCAACCGUGGUUCGAUCAAGAUGAAGACGAGGAGCUGAGACGUCGCGCGGCGCAGCGUGCAUUGGGCGGCGGCGGCGACGGGGGCUCGGGGUCUGGCCAGCCGCCGGCCGCCGGCCAGGAUCGCCGCUCGCCGGCCAAGGACCUGCCCACCCGCCAAAGGAAGCUGGAGCGCUCCGAGAGCCGACGCAACGACCCGCUCACCGCCCCCAAGCUGCGGCUCAAGAGACAAGACUCGGCGGCGUACAGUGACGCGGGUGACGACUCCGCCGACGGGCCGCUGGACAUGUCGGUGCGGCGCGGCUCGCCGCCGCCGUACCGGGCCCGCGGCGCCUCGCCGCCCCGCCAGCACGGCCGCCCGUCGGUCAAUCAC